AGGGGAGAAGAGGAGAGAAGGCAGGAGCCAGGAGAGGGGAAGAUCCUGAGGGAAAGGAGGUGACAGAGAAGGAGCAAGAGGAGGGAGGGAGGCCAGACACCCAGAGGAGGGGAUCCCCCGGCCAGGGUGUGUGGCCAGAGGGCGGGGAGUAGAGGGGGCGGUCUAGGUCAUGUCCCACGGGAUCUACUACGACUGUGAGCAACGAGGCGGCCAAUCGCUCGAGUUUCCAGGCAGCCGCGCUGGGCCCGGGGAGCUGGGAGACAUGUGUGACCACGAGGCCUCCAUCGACCUGUCAGCCUACAUUGAGUCCGGUGAGGAACAGCUCCUCUCUGAUCUUUUUGCUGUCAAACCACAAGCUGAGCCUCGGGGCCUCAAGGGUCCUGGAACUCCUGCCUUCCCUCACUACCUCCCGCCGGACCCCAGGACCUUCGUCUAUCCUGCCCAUGCCUUUGGCCCUGACCGGAAGGGCUUAGGGCCCAACUCCUACAGCCCCGCGGAGGGAUAUGAUCCCCGAGCAGUGUCCGUGAAAGAAGAGCCUCGGGGGCCCGAGUGCGGGAGAAGCUCCAGUCGAGGCAGCUACAACCCACUGCAAUACCAGGUGGCACACUGUGGGCAGACUGCGAUGCAUCUGCCCCCAGCUCUGGGAACACCCAACCAGCCCCUUCGGGUCCUCAAGGGCCCCCUGGCCGCCGCAGCCGCCCCUCCCUGCAGUCCUCUUCUCAAGACUCCCUCUCCGGCGGGGCCUCCCCAUAAGGGCAAGAAAGCGGUGAACAAGGACAGCCUGGAGUACCGGCUGAGGCGGGAGCGCAACAACAUCGCGGUCCGCAAAAGCCGGGACAAAGCCAAAAGGCGCAUCCAGGAGACGCAGCAAAAGGUGCUGGAGUACAUGGCCGAGAACGAGAGGCUCCGCAGCCGCGUAGACCAGCUCACCCAGGAGCUCGACACCCUGAGAAACCUCUUCCGCCAGAUCCCCGAAGCUGCCAGCCUCAUCAAGGGAGUGGGCUGUGGCUGAACCCCAAGGCUGGUGGGCAGAGGAGCGAUUCUCUCGACUUCUCAACCCUCUGUAUUCCUAGGAGGAAGCCCUCAACUCAGCCUGGGCUUUCUUCCCACAUAGAGGGUACGGCGGAUGCCCUCAGAAAGACAGACAAGACAGGACUAGCUGCCGCGCCGGUCCCAAGGCAUUUGGGCAGCACCCUGGGCAGGGUUUGAAGAUUGCACUUCCCCUAAUACACUGAAAUACUGCAUCCCUUGUCCUCGGAGGUUUUUAGCCUUCCCUAUAACAUAAAUGACAACUUACCGCAAAAAUAAAUACUUAUGUGCCAUAGA